AUGUCGGAACAUGCAUAUGAGAACAACGAGCAGCCAACACCUCCCCUACUCGAGCACGAUUGCUCGGAAUGGAAAACAAGUAGCCAGCACAUGGAAGACUUAUACUUUUCAGGAGCCAGACUCUGGCAGAAAGAUGAUCUCAUAGAUAUCGAGCAACAGCUCUCACAAUUUCGCACCAUUGAGAAGUUCACUAUCUGGUGUGUUGACGGUAGUGUAAUCUACAUAAAAAACCCUAUGUGCGGAGUACAACGACCGAUUUGGUUUCCAACUGUUAAAUUCCAAGAGUAUUGGAGACUCGUAAAGGCCACACCCGAUGGACCUCCCGAAACGUACCGUUGCUCAUAUCUUGUAGAUUGGGAAAAUCGGUCAGCAAGAGAUAGUAGGGGACUAAUAGAGAACACGGCUGUUUCUCUCCUGGAUAGGUAUCAGCUCUGGGACAGGAGUAAGACAUGCAAGUCCUUUGAGUCGCUUAUUAACAAGGUAUUAUAUGGACGCAAAGUAAGCAAGAUCAUUUGCUUUGGUCUUGGUGAUAUAUGCCUCAGAACGCCUGAAUGGUGGAGAGAACAGACGGGUACAAACUGGCAGCAGAUAGAGGCCGAUAUCAUGGAAGGCAGGAUAAAACAGUAUUUGGCUGUAUUGGCUAUAUUCAUCGGAAUCUGUUCCAGCACGGGGGACUCGGUACCCAUACUAACCCAAGACCCUGAUUACGCUGAAGAAACGAAAGAAACCCUAAGAGAACUCGGGUUCAAAGUGGUAGGGCAAUUCGGCGCCGGAGGCUUCGCAGAAGUCGAUGAUGAAUCCAUAGUAUUUACGGCCUUCGCCGCUGCGCCCGUCAAGCAGAUUAUCGCUGACAUUGCACGUCCCGUUGUGAUCAUUGCCGUGGGAGAGGGCAAGACUUUCAAUGCUAAGGACCAACCAUAUGGAGAUCCAGAAUCUCCCCGGACGAAACAAAUGUGGCAAGACUACGAAUCAUGGGACUUUCCAGUGGAUCCCUCCGAAGCACAGUCUAUGGGGGGGAUGGACAAGUUGAAGAUAUAUGUUAGAAAGACUACGAACAUUAUCGGUAGCGAUGUAUUGUUAGGGUAG